AAGUAGCGAGCAUGCUAGCGUUAGCCGAGCUCCAAGUCAAGUGCGACCAAAACAAACGAUGACGCCCGUGAAAAGGAGCCGAAAAAGGCGUAAAUUAACCACCGGAGUUGAUUUCGCUUGACAGCUGGCGUUGACUUUUGGGUCAUUAAUCAGCUGAAGAUCUUUGCUGGUGGGGAACCCCGUAUUUUGGGGGCGAAUUUAGCAGUUUUUCUAGCUGAAACUACUAACCAUAAUGUACAGCGGCAAUGCUACGUUUUUAUUCGACAGCGUAAACCUCUAAUUUCAUCAAGUUCCUCGAUGUUUUCUGCCUGCGAAGCUUUACAGAACAGAGGCAAACUCGACUUUUGUAAAGAGGUCAAGUAUAAACGGGGAAAAUGCUGCGAGUUGUGGUCCGUACUUGGUGACGUCGAAGCGCCCUUUAACUAACGAGCUAGCUGCGUUGUCAGAAUGAGUUGGUUCAACGCGUCUCACCUGUCCAGCUUCGCCAAACAAGCUUUAACGACAGCGCAGAAGUCGAUUGACCGAGUCCUGGACAUCAAAGAAGAGGACCAAUGGGGUGACACGGUUGUGAUGCCUUAUGACGACACAACAUCCCCUGGGAAGGUUUCAGUGAGUGGAGGAUGGGGUAUGACUCAGUGGGAAGCCCCCGCUGAAGAAAAGGCCACCACUCCUCCUCCCAACUCCGAGGCCAUUACUACUCCCGUCACUCGCACAGUUGUGGAUGAAUCCGAGAACUUUUUCAGUGCCUUUCUGUCACCAGGAGAUGUUCCAGUGGCCAAAGCGAAAGUUGUGUCUGUACCCCCUGCAAAGUCUCAAAGACGAACUCAAGAGACGGAGAAGAGAAGCCAGGGAGCUUUGCUGCAGAUCCAAAAUGAGGAUGGGCCUGCAGAGCCAACAGAACCUACAGAGCAGAGCACUGAGAGUCAGACAGUGGGCGACAGCCAGCCGGAUGAGGCCAACUCCUCACCAGCAGCGCCUUACGCUGAUGCCAUCCUCCUCCAGCCGGUUUCUCCAGUUACUUCCCCUGGUGACCACCCUUUCAGUCCUGACUGUGUGAAGACGGAUGCUGAGUCGGCUCCAUCAGAAUCCAAAACGGAGCCGGAACCAGAAGAUCCACCUGAGCAUCAGGUAGAGACGGAUUCCCCAAACUCCUCUGAGUCUCCUCCUUCUGAAGCUAAAAGCUCUACCCCGACGGAUCCCGCAACCCCCACGUCCACCAAGGAAGCUCUCCCGGGUCAAAAAGACUCCAAACCAGAGGACCGUCAGAACGACACGCCCUCUCCUCCGGUCAGCGCUUUCUCCUCAGGAACCUCCACCACAAGUGACAUUGAAGUGCUCGACCACGAGAGCGUGCAGAGCGAAAGCUCGGCCAGCUCCAGGCAAGAAACCGGCGAGAGCAAAGCCGGGCUUCACCUGAUGCAGGGGUCCUUUCAGCUCCUCACUGCCUCCACCUGCGGGGAUUUCGCUCGACUGGAAGACUAUCAUAAACUCACGGAGAGCUGCGGCUCCUCCUCGGACGCGUUCGAGCGCAUUGAUUCGUUCAGCGUGCAGUCGCUGGACAGCCGGAGUGUCAGCGAGGUGAACUCGGACGACGAGAUCCCCGGGAGCCGGACUCUGGCCUCAGUCACGGCGGGACCCGCUCCCUCAACAGAGACGUCUCUGAAGCAGGAGGAUGUAGCGGAGGAGAACGCUGGCGAGGAGAACGACGGCAAGGAGGAGGGAUACGCCGAGACGGGGAAAGAGCAGUCGCUGGACGAGAUGGAGGAGAGCGGACGGAGCGCCACUCCUGUAAACAGCGAGCAGCCAGACGAGUUGUGCUCUGGUGUCGAUGAUGAUGCGAUGUUUGGUUCUACCUGCAACGAAGAACAAAAGAGCACUCCACCAAUCACAGCAGAGAUGAAAAGUGUCUCACCUGCCCAGAUACUGGAGCUGCAAAAGGUUAUCGAUGAUCUGUCAAGCCGCCUAGAGAAGAGAGAGUCUCAGCUGCUGGCUGUUAGCAAAGACAAGGCCAGGCUGGAGGAGGAGUGUGACAAUUUAAAAGAUGAAGUGAUAAGCCUGAAGGAAGAGAGCUCCACUGUUCAGUCCCUGAAAGACGAGUUCACUCAGCGCAUAGCAGACGCAGAAAGAAAGGCUCAGCUGGCCUGCAAGGAGAGAGACAUCGCCAAAAAGGAGAUCAAAGGCUUGCGAGAAGAGCUUAGUACAAGACUGAACUCGAGCGAUACGAUGGAGCUCAUCAGAGAGAAGGAGGAGCAGAUCCGAGGCCUGCUGGAAGAGGGCGAAAAACUGUCGAAACAGCAGCUGCAACACAGUAACAUCAUCAAGAAACUGCGUGUGAAGGAAAAAGAGUGUGACAGCAGGAUUACCAAGCAGCAAAAGAAAAUCAAGGAGCAAGAGGAGGAGCUUAGGCAUCUGCAGCAGGUUCUAGAUGGGAAGGAGGAGGUGGAGAAGCAGCACAGAGAGAACAUCAAGAAGCUGAACGGUGUGGUGGAGCAGCAGGAGAAGGAGCUGAGCAGGCUGCAGAUGGACGACGAGGAACUGCAGGAAAAAAACAGGAGCCUCCAAGCUGCCCUAGACAGCUCUUAUAAGGAGCUGGCAGAGCUUCACAAGGCUCACGCUAGCAGAGCGAGCGAGGCCGAAGAGGUGGCUCUAAGCAGGGAAAUCCAGGCCAAGGAGGAGCUGAGUUUAGCUCUUGAGAAGGCUAAGGAGGAGGCCAGGAUCCAGCAGGAGGCACUUGCCAACCAGGUGGCUGACCUGAGGAUAGCUCUGCAGAGGACGGAGCAACAGCAGGCCAAGAAGGAAGAUUAUUUGAGGGAGGAGAUCAGUGAGCUUCAGCAGAGACUGCAGGAGGCAGAGACCAGGAACCAGGAGCUCAGCCAGAGCGUCACGUCUGCAACGCGGCCUCUCCUGCGACAAAUUGAGAACCUACAAGCCUCGCUGGGCGGACAAACCGCGUCCUGGGAGAAACUGGAGAAGAACAUCUCCGAUAGGCUAGCGGACGCCCAGACUCAGCUGGCUGUCGCCGUGGAGAAGGAGCGAUCGGCAGCAGAGGAAUUGUUGUCCAUCAAGUCCCAGCUGGCUUCGUUGGAUUCCCAGAAUUCCUUGCUCCGGCAGGAAAAAGCCAGAGUCCUGGCUCAGCUGGAGGCGGAGAAAAGCAAGAGGGAGAAACUGGAGGAUGAGAGCAGCAGGGAGCAUGCGGAACUGACAAAUCUGAAAGGAGAACACGGUCGGAUGCUGGAAGAGGCCAAGAAAGAAAAGCUGCUGCUGACCAACCAGCUGGAGAUGGAAAAGAUGAAGGUGGAGCAAGAGAAGAAGAAAUGCUAUCUCGCACAAGAAGCACUAAAGGAAAAGGAGCGUAAAGCUGUAACACACUCUCUUGGAGAACCGCCAGCGGCUUCCACGCCGUCCUUGUCCCGCUCCAGCUCCGUCAGCGGGAUGGAAAUCGCUGGACUGCACACCUCUGUUCUGUCGCAGGACGACUGUUUGGAUCACUCAAUGGGAACAAUCAGCAUGUCGAUGAGCGGAACCAACCUGUACGAGGCAGCCAGGUUGUCUGGAGGCUCCAGCAUCAUGGAGAACCUCCAGUCUCAGCUUAAACUGAGAGAAGGAGAGAUAGCUCAGUUGCAGCUUGAGAUCGCCAGUUUGGAGAGAAGUCGCUCGGUGAUGGCAGAAGAGCUGGUCCGGCUCACGAAUCAAAACGAUGAGAUGCAGGAGAAAGUGAAGGACAUCCCAAAGUUGAAAAUCCAGCUCAAGGAUCUGGAGCAGAGGCACAACACCAUCCUGCAGAUGUAUGGAGAAAAGGCUGAGGAAGCAGAGGAACUGAGACUGGACCUGGAAGAUGUCAAAAAUAUGUAUAAAACUCAGAUUGACGAAUUACUAAAGAAUCAGAAAUAAAGUAGUUUUACCUGCUUUCCCCUCCUUGUUUGAGCGUAACUCAGUUGUUCAUGUUUGCCACAGAUGCAUUCAAAUAACAGAGAGUAAAAUGUCUAACUUAAUAACUGUGAUUAUUAUUCUUAUUGUUUUUUAAUCUUAUCCACCGUUUUCUUUCCGUUACGAGCUUUAUCGAAUUAAGGACAGAUGUGUGGAGUAAUGUUGCUGAAUAACUAUGAAGGAUGCUCAUGGUAGCUGAUUAACACGUUGAUUUGAAAUCCUUGGCGUAGUGUUGUGGAGUUUUUUGCUGUAUGACGGGGUAAAGGAUUUGCUUGCACUGUACAAAUUUUGUCGGAAUUUGUCCAUGCACAUUCAGGAAGGUUUAAGAACUUUAUAUUAUUGUAUAGAGAAAUGUCAGUAUACUUAAUGUUAUAUAAAUCACAACGCACGGCGUAGAUCCGACGGUAAUCUCUGAGGUGCUGAUGGUUCAAUUUUAAGAUGUGUAAUUAUGUAAAUGAAUAAACAUUUAUUUGGGAGGUGGAAAGAA